GUGGGGAUCGGUCUGGGGGAGGCCUGGGGCCGCUGGCUUGUGCGCUGUCUUCGCCGCCCCCCCUUUCGCCGCCGCCGCCGCCUCGGGCAUGUCGUCCAACUGCACUAGCACCACGGCGGUGGCGGUGGCGCCGCUCAGCGCCAGCAAGACCAAGACCAAGAAGAAGCAUUUCGUGUGCCAGAAAGUGAAGCUAUUCCGGGCCAGCGAGCCGAUCCUCAGCGUCCUGAUGUGGGGGGUGAACCACACGAUCAAUGAGCUGAGCAAUGUCCCUGUCCCUGUCAUGCUAAUGCCAGAUGACUUCAAAGCCUACAGCAAGAUCAAGGUGGAUAAUCAUCUCUUCAAUAAGGAGAACCUCCCCAGCCGCUUUAAGUUUAAGGAGUACUGCCCGAUGGUGUUCCGAAAUCUCCGUGAGAGGUUUGGGAUUGAUGAUCAGGAUUACCAGAACUCAGUGACACGCAGUGCACCCAUCAACAGUGACAGCCAGGGCCGGUGUGGUACGCGUUUCCUUACCACCUAUGACCGACGCUUUGUCAUCAAGACUGUGUCAAGUGAGGAUGUGGCUGAGAUGCACAACAUCUUAAAGAAAUACCACCAGUUCAUAGUGGAGUGUCAUGGUAACACCCUUCUGCCACAGUUCCUGGGCAUGUACCGCCUGACUGUGGACGGCGUGGAAACAUACAUGGUGGUCACGAGGAAUGUGUUUAGCCAUCGUCUCACUGUACACCGCAAGUAUGACCUCAAGGGUUCUACUGUUGCCAGAGAAGCAAGUGACAAAGAGAAGGCCAAGGACUUGCCAACAUUCAAAGAUAAUGACUUCCUCAAUGAAGGACAGAAGCUGCAUGUGGGAGAAGAGAGUAAAAAGAACUUCCUGGAGAAACUGAAGCGGGAUGUUGAGUUCCUGGCCCAGCUAAAGAUCAUGGACUACAGCCUGCUGGUAGGCAUCCAUGAUGUGGACCGGGCUGAGCAGGAGGAGAUGGAAGUGGAGGAGCGGGCAGAGGACGAGGAAUGUGAGAACGACGGGGCGGGCAGCAACCUGCUCUGCUCCUAUGGCACACCUCCGGAUAGCCCUGGCAACCUCCUCAGCUUUCCCCGGUUCUUUGGUCCUGGGGAGUUCGACCCCUCUGUUGAUGUCUAUGCCAUGAAAAGCCACGAAAGUGCCCCCAAAAAGGAGGUCUAUUUCAUGGCCAUCAUUGACAUCCUCACACCAUAUGAUGCUAAGAAGAAAGCUGCACACGCUGCCAAAACAGUGAAGCAUGGGGCAGGGGCCGAGAUCUCGACUGUGAACCCUGAGCAGUACUCCAAACGCUUCAACGAGUUCAUGUCCAACAUCCUGACGUAGUUUUCUUCUGCCUUCAGCCAGAGCCAGAGAGCUGGAUAUGGGAUCGGGGAUUGGAGAGGGAGAGGAUAUUUUGGGGCUAGAUGGGAGGAUAGGGAACAGAGUGGGGGGCCUGGAAGGCUUUAGUAUUGAGACUGUAGCCUGUGACACUGAGAGCAGCUUUAGCUAGGGAAGAGGGGGAUGUGCUGUGUAUGCACAUGCUCACAGGACAUAACCUCACCUUCUGCUUACCCUUGAUUUUUUUUCCCCAUUUGACCCAGGUUACAAAGGUGUUCCCUUUGGUAUCUUGUGACUUGGUGGGUUUAUUUGGGCUUUGUUUCUGAAAUUUCAUUGCUCACCUUAGCCACCUUCCCAUCCCUGCCCGGCUCUCAGUUUCCUUCAAUUAAAGAGGCACCUGGUAGGCCCAGCACAGAGGUCUGCUCCGAGCAGGGUGCACUGACACCAGCAAGGAGAAGAGGUCAGACACCUCGCCCUGCUGCAUUUGAUCUUACUUGGAUUAACUUUUUAAUUUUAUAGAGUAUUGUGCAUAAUUUCUUCUACCUUUCUACCUUGGAUCCAAGUGAAAUGUUACGUUUUUACUCCUCCAUUCUAUCCUCCAGUGCUGUCCUCCCAAAGGAGCACUGCAGGCCAAUGCCUGACAUCUUGGAUCAGAGUUGGAGACCUCCAAGGGGAACAGGUCCAUCCUCAUGGGAUGGUAAUGGGUGAGGGAGCUGCUGGGCUCUUGGACAGCUGGUUCUCAGAGAACCCUGUGGUCAUCAUCCAAGUCCCAGGCUCGCUUGGUCCCUGGAGUUGAGAUAUUCUGUCAAGCCUGCUUCAUUGGCUCAAGAGGACCUAGAAAGCACCUUUGGAUAUAACAGAACUCUCGUGUUUAAAUGGGAACUUCCUUUGGGAAGACCCCCCAAACUGAUGUAUGUCAAAUAAGGUCUUGUGAGCCUCAUCUGUUCCUUCCUACUGACCUCCAGGCGCUCUCACCUGUGGUUGGCUUGUCACCGAGGACAGAACUCCGAGAACCUGGGUGCUCUUUGCAGAGACACCUCUUUAAGCCUCAGGCCCACCAUGUAGAUGUCUGGCUCUCUGUACUCAUGGUUUUUCACCUGGACGGUUAUAGCAAGCAAGGUGCCCACAACAAGGAGUGUGGCAUCCGAAACUGAGGUUGCUUCUGAGUCACUUGAGGAUGUGACUCAGGAAAUCCAACUUGAAAACCUGAGUGGGGUUUGACCCAGCUCCAGCAUUGGGGCUGUUUUUCUUUUAUUGCCUCUCUCUAAACCUGUGGCUCACAAGACUCUGGAAGAAGUGGCAUCCUGCAGCUUCCUUCAGGAUUUCCAUCCAGUCUCACAGCCUGCCUCCCAGGCUCUCAGAAGUGAGCCACACCUGUUUUGUUACCAUCAGUAGCUGGUCGCCAGGAGGGAAAUGGCUCCAUUGUUCCAUGUUGGAGGUGGUACAUUCCUAUAUCAUCCCACCCCCUCACCAAUAAUUGGGAACUUGGGAUGAAAGAUGGUAAAAUUUGUAGAUAACCCCAAAGAUGUGAAGUUGGUUUGUGAAUCAUUUUAAAUGAAUAGGUGGUUUCCUGUGGCUUCCUCCAAAAUGGCUAAGCUCGGCUUCUGGAGCAGAAACCAAUGCUGUGUGUGUCUUGCCCACAGCAUUCAGGUCAGGAAGGAAUGGAGGCAGCAUUCUUAGGCCUCGUUGGGGCCGCCCUCUUCUGGAAGGGCAGAGCUAGCUUUGAACAAUUAGAGCAGAGCCAUGAAGUGACUCGGGAAACACUUGGAACCAUGUGGCUCUGGGAGAAAACAAUUUUGACUUAGGAAAGGGAUUAUGUAGGAAUAAUGUUUGGACUUGAUUUCCCCACCUCAUAAUCAAGAGUGAAAUUUUGGAUCUGUUCCCAGUUAGGCCCAGCAUCUCCACAGCUUGGAAAGCUGUCUUCCAGCAGCCUCCAUAGCCUUGGGCCCCGCCAGCUUUUCUGCACUGGGUCUGCUGAUCAUGUUGCCAUAAUGUGUAUCAAAAAGUGUCACACAAUCUUAUCAGUUAAAGCAACUACCAGGUAUCUAACUUGUUUAACAUUGAGUUUUUGUGGGUUUUUUUUAAAAAAAUUAUAUAUAUAUAUAUACACACACACACACA